AAUCUGACCUAAACACGUGAUUUAUCAUUUCAUGUAACCUGUUGAUCAAUUGAAAAUUUUUUCUAACAUUUCUCAUUACUUAACGCCAUGACCGAGUUGCGAAGGAUGAGAGAUAACCUUCAGAGCCUCAAAGGGGCAUUUUCAGAUCUCAAUGAGGCCGAUUCGAAUGCAUUAUACGAUAAUAAUAUUUCUGUGAAUCUCGAAGAAAUUCAAGAUACUCCUUCUAUGAAAAGAUCGUUUCGAGUAAGCUGGGGACCUAAUGGAACAUAUGUUUAUCGUUCUAAAAAAAACUUACGUCCUAUUUAUACAUCUUAUAUUGCACGAACUACACCAUUAAGAAUAGCUAAAGCAUCGCAAAGGGAUAUUGUUAGAUUCCGUAAAGUUUUAAUUGUAUCCGAAGAUGAUGUUAACAUUAAAGAACGUAUUAGUAAAUCAUUGGAAUUAAUUUUUGAACAUUCAACAUUUGGACAAGAAGAUGAUACUCCCUACGUUAUACCAGCGAGCUUAAGUUUCAUGGAUUUCAUAUCAGUCUUUGAUACUAAGACAAUUGAUGAACAUGAAAAUUUAACUUGGAAAUUAUGUCAUGCUUUAUGGGAUGACCUUCAAAUCCCAAGCGAACAUUAUGAUUCUAUGAGUCUUGAUAAGGUGACAAGAGAUUGUAGAAAGGCUAGAAUAUCAAAAUGGUUUCAAAUAACCAAUGAAUUAAAAAUGCCAGAUCAUCUAAAAUUGUCCGGCUACAGCAAUGACGAUACGGAUUUGAUUUUUGCACAUUUAACCAGCAAACAAAUUUCAAAAGCGGUAUUAAUAGCAAUUAAAAAUCGGGAAUUUCAUCUGGCAUCAUUGAUAUCACAAUUGUAUGGUAAUGAUUAUGUCAAAGAGUGUAUGAAACAACAAAUUGAUCAUUGGAAAGAUACUCAAAUUGAUAAGCUUAUUUCACUGAAUCAUCUAAAGUUAUAUGAAUUAUUAUCUGGAAAUGUCUUUGCAACAACAAAAGGUUUAGAUUGGAGGACAACUAUUAGUAUGCAAAUGUGGUAUGGUUGUAGGCUUGAUGAUUCAUUUGAUGAAGCUCUGAAUAUAUAUGAUGAAGCUAGAACAGACUCUGAAGAAAUUUCAAAUCCUUUUGUAUGGUAUAAUCAUGUUAAUGGUAAUGAUCAUUGGAAAUAUCUAGAUACUAAUAAACAGACCUUUGAUCUUCAUUACCAUCUUAUGAAACUUUCAACUGAUCCCACUCAUUCUCUUGAGGAAGCUUUACACCCUCGAACGAAUCAUGUUGCUCCACUUGAUUAUCGUAUUACUUGGCUUUUGCAUUAUAUGAUAGCUCGUAUUUUAAAUAUACGAGACUUUAUUGAUAAUGAAGUCAUGGUUGAUCAAAUCUCUUUAAAGUUUAUAUUUGAACUGGAAACUUUGGGUAUUUGGCAAUGGGCUGUUUUUAUUGCCAUGUUCAUUAAUGAUCCAAAUGUUCGUAAAUUUAUGCUCUGUGAAUUAUUGAAUAGAUAUGUGCAUCAAAUUCCAAAAGAAAAGGCGGAAAGCUUUCAAAAUUUUGCAAUCAAAAAAAUGCAGCUUAAAGAGGAAUGGUUAUUCGGGUCUCAGGAAAUGUUUUCAAAAUAUAAAGAAAUACCUGGUCGAAAGCGGAAAUUUGGUUAUUAAAAUUUAUUAAAAUAUGUGUAUAUUUUUAGGGGUAACCAAAUCUUAUUACAUUAUGAUCGCAGAUGUUACAAAGUAUAGACCUUUUCAUUAUAAUUAGUUUAUAACUGAUACCUCAUUAUAAUCCUUUUAUCUUUUCAAUAUAUAGAAUUAUAAAUAUAGAAA